AUGUAUAGACAAAUUAAAAUUGCUGAAGAACACUCAAGUCUACAAUGCAUCGUGUGGCGUGACGAACAGGAACAACCUUUGCAACACUACAAAUUAGUUACAGUAACAUUUGGCACCGCGGCCGCGCCUUUUCUUGCAGUUCGGACACUUAUUCAGUUAGCUGAGGAUGAAAAACAUAAAUAUCAUAAUGCAUCUAAUAUCUUAAAGAAUUCCUUUUAUAUGGACGAUCUAAUGACAGGAGCAGACACGGUAGAGCAAGCGUAUAAGAAUUAUGAAGAGAUAAAUAAUUUACUAUUGGAUGGAGGUUUUGAGAUGCAAAAAUGGUCCAGCAAUUCAAGUGAGUUAUUAAGUCAGAUGAAAAAUAAGUCUAAUUGUGAGAUAGAAAAGUUGACUUUCAAAAUGGAUCCUAUAUUCAAGAUUCUAGGUUUGACUUGGAAUAGGCAAGAUGACAGCUUUCACAUUACAGUCCACUUACCAGAAUUAUCCUAUUCCAUUACUAAAAGAUACAUCUUAUCAGACAUUUCCCGUUUAUUUGAUCCAUUCGGAUGGUUAUCACCUGUUGUCGUAACGGCAAAGGUUUUUAUACAGAAGUUAUGGCUUUGUAGAAGAGAUUGGGACGAGGAACUGCCACUUGAUUUAAUUAAUCAAUGGACUACAUAUAGAGAAGAUUUGAGUAAUUUGCAAACUAUUACAUUAUCAAGAUGGUUGAAAUUACAUUCAAAGAAUAAGCUGGUGGAGAUACAUGGAUUUGCAGAUGCUUCGACAACAGCGUAUGCGGCAGUUGCGUGCCUGAGAGUUAUUACAGAAGAAAAUGAAGUAUGUGUUAAUUUAAUAGCUGCAAAAACUAAGAUAGCUCCAUUAAAACAAAUCUCCGUUCCGAGAUUGGAAUUAUGCGCUGCUGUACUACUAACGCGCUUACUGAAUGAAGUAAGAAAUAUAUUGAAUAUUCCUAAAGAAAAUGUUUUCGCCUGGACUGAUUCAAUGGUAGUUCUGUCUUGGCUGCAGUCACCGCCAAGCAGAUGGAAAACAUUUAUAGGUAAUCGAGUUUCUGAAAUUAUACAGCUAAUGGAUAAUGAAAAAUGGCAUCAUGUAAGGUCUUCUGAGAAUCCAGCCGAUCCAGCUUCGCGUGGAAUUAGUGCAAGAGAAUUACGAACAAAUGAAUUAUGGUGGCACGGACCGAGCUGGCUAAGAAAAGAAAAUAUUUUAUACGAGAAGAAAGACAUUCCAUCAACAGAUUUAGAAAUCAAGAAAAAUGAUAUGAAGGCACUACAUGUUUCAGAUGAA